AUGCACUGUCUGUUUGUGUGGUCUGAUCAGUGUGUCAUUGUGUGUCCUCUCUCCCUCUCCCUCCUCCUGCCAGUACCCCCAGAGGCCAUCGGCUUCCUGUCAGCGGUGGGCGUCUUCAUCGUGGCGUUGGCCGUCCUCUUCCUCUUCAUCAACAAGAAGCUGUGUUUUUCACGCGUCGGAGGAAUGCCCUGUCUGGAGCAACAUGGCCGCCGGAAGAAAGGACGACUGGGAGUUCGCCAGGGGCUCGUGAGCAGCUACGGUGAGGAUGAGGAUGAUGGCAGCAGCUCCUCUGACAGUGAAGACGAGGUCCUGAAGCAGUUUGAGAUCUCCGUGUCGCGUUCGCAGAGUUUUCGUAACCCUGCAGUAGCAAGCGGCAGCGAGCAGAAGCCCCAGCAGACGCAGCUGUCGUUGGGCCGACGCCACAAAUUCACCCGACUGUCGGACCAGGAGGAGGGAAGCACCGAGCCGUCAGACUGUGAAGAAAUGGAGGCUAAGAGCCAGCAGCAGGGUUUCCAGGAUCCGCUCUCUGCAGCGGUAGAAGAGAGCGAGAGGGCGGCGACGGCGACGGCGACGGCCUCUCCGGACAAACCUGCUGCACUCAGGGCAUCAGGCGCCAGGGACAGUCCCAAGCUGAAUAUGAACCGGCAGGCCGCAGACGGCAGCGAGGACACGGAGAAGGCCGCAGAUUGUGUCAAAAAUGAUGUCACAGACAGCUCCCCCACCUGGAGCCCCGAGCCUCCACUGGACGACGUCACGUCUCAGCCGGUCAGCUCUUCCCCUCGACCCCCGAUCUCUAAAUGUGGAGACCUAGUUCUCUCUCUGGAGUACCGCCCCGACACAGAGAAGCUGCUGGUGUCCGUCAUCGCGGCCCGGGACAUCCCCGACAAGGCCCGCAGCGGCAUGGACUCUUGGCAGGUGCACAUGGUCCUGCUCCCCUCCAAGAAACAACGGCACAAGACGGCGGUGCAGAAAGGUUCGCUGCCGCACUUCAACGAGACGUUUCGCUUCUCGCGCCUGGAGGCGUCAGAUCUGCAAAUGUCGGCUGUCAGGUUCAGGCUGUACGCGCUGGGACCGUCUCGGAUGUCCCGCGAGCGGAUGAUGGGGGAGAAGGUGCUGCGUUUAGGUGGGCUGGACCCUGACGGAGGGACGAUGGAGACGACGCUGGUUCUGGAGCCUCGCAAUAACCUCAAGACCGUGGACUCCCAGCUGAGCCUGUCUGCUGUGUCUCAGAGCGACAGCGCCUCAUCCACUCAGUCUCUGACCCACGGCGGCGUCCCCGAGCUGCUGGUGGGUCUCACCUACAACGCCACCACGGGACGUAUGUCUGUGGAGCUCAUCAAGGGGAGCCACUUCAGGAACCUGGCCAUCAACAGACCACCAGACACCUAUGGGCGUCUGACUCUGCUGAACUCGGUCGGUCAGGAGAUCUCUCGCUGUAAGACGUCGGUGCGUCGCGGCCAGCCCAACCCCGUCUACAAGGAGACGUUUGUCUUCCAGGUGGCACUGUUCCAGCUAUCGGAUGUCACUCUGCUGGUCUCCAUAUACAACCGGCGCAGCAUGAAGCGCAAGGAGAUGGUGGGCUGGAUCGCUCUGGGCCAGAACAGCAGCGGCGAGGAGGAGCAGCUCCACUGGCAGGACAUGAAGGAGAGUCGAGGACAGCAGGUCUGCCGCUGGCACGUCCUGCUCGAGGCGUAACGCCACCAAGAUUUAGGAUUUUUUCUUUAAAGAGGAAAGGGAGGGUAUUGCGUUGAAGGUUGUUUUGAUCUGCGGACAUGAUGAUGCAUGUGGCUUCAGAGGCGAUGGAUUCAAGGACUUCUCAGAGCACACUCUCUCCUAUCAGCACAGAAACAUCAAACCUGCCUGGGUGUUUGCUGUCAACAUGAGGAACACUAUCGGAGGCCGACACAAGUUUAAAAUCUUUCUGUUGAUGAAUAAAGAAAUGAAAGAAGGAAGCCUUCAGUAAGGUCAGAUGACUGAAGUAUCCACUUAAGUGUUUCUUUGUCACGUAAAAUCUUUUUACAGUUUAAGGUUUCGUGCAGACAUUCCCUUCUCCUUCUCAAGGGAACAUCUUUGUACAAGAACCAUUCGGCCUCCAAGACGAGCUGAGAAUGUGUCCUUUACUUCUAUCUUUUCGAGGAGCUGCAGUUGAGUUUUUCCAGUGAAAUGCUGUGUUAGAAAGUACAAACACAUUAGAGGUGUGUGUGCGUGUGUGUGUGUGUGACUUGUUAUUUCUAGAUCUUGCUGUUCUUUUACUGGAUGGCAAAUCAAUGGAGAAGCAAACAAAACUGCAGAGCGAGAAACAGGAAACAGAAAGAAGCAAUGUCUGGAAAAUAUAGUAUAGAAAAAUACUUCAGGAACAAAUUGAACAGGUAACAUUCAUCCACUGAUCUAUCCACACUUUACGUUCCUUACCACCAUAGUUUGCGCCACACGGCUCUAAUUUGGGCUUUAACCAUCAAUCUUUUUCAAUUAAUCCAACAAAAAACUGAAAUAAAAGUAAAGUAUCUAACUUGUAGGGAAGCUGGUGGUCAUUUGUGGACCUUUAUGGACUUCAGAGAGUUUGACUCUAAAGCUAAUCCUAAAGAAAGUCUUUAGAGUUUUAACUCAAUAUAUAAUAUAACUAACUAAACAUUUACUUUGUACAAGAUGUAACCAGCAAACGUUUACUAUUUUAAUUCAUAAACGCCACAAAAUUCGAAUUUUCUUUUGGUGAUUUUCUGAAAGUCUGCGCAAAGGAUGACGUGACCAUGAAAUACUGAGUGAAGAAACAAAACACGAGAGUAGAAGUGAAGCUGUAGAGGAGGCAGGCGUCUCAUUCAUAUUCUCCUCCUGACACGUGUGCUGUACUACAGGCAGGAUGUACCAGCAGCUGGAGACUCUUAACCCCCGUCGGGAUGAGAGCCAUCUCUUCCCUCGUUGACGCUGAAUUAUGUUAUUUGGCAUCGGCUCCAUCUCCUUCACAGGGCAAAGCUCAUUUCGACACCCAUCAACGCUGAGCUGAAAAGAGGCUUUAAAAAUAUCUCUGCAGCUGUAACAUGCGAUGAAUUACCCUGGAAGUGUGUGUGCCCCCCCCCCCCCCCCCCAACACAGUCGCUUUGUGGUAAUUGGUAGUUACAGCUGUAGAAGCGUACAGUGUGAUGACGGUAAUGCUGCUGCUAAUGCUCAUCCUCUUCCAGUCUGAGCAUCAUUGAGUCAUAAUGCAGCAGUUCAGCCCGGAGGGGGGGGGGAUUAUAUUUGUUUGUGUCGAGAGAUACUGUAGCUCCAAACCUCUCGGGGUGUGGGGGGGGGGGGGGUUCACACACGGAGAGCGAUUAUUUUCUUCGGGCAGGUGACAACAAAGCUCUCUUUAGAAAAAGAUGAGCUCGGUUUGUGAUCGGAGGGAACGGCACGAAGAAGACUCAAAAAGCACACAAUGUUAAGGAGAUGACAGUCAGGAAUUACUUUUGGAAAGUGAAGCAUAACAAAUUACCUUAAAGGCUGAUGCUCAUAUUCAAAUUCCGCAUGUAAAUGUAAAAAGGUCAGUUCACCCAAAUCCCCACACAGCCCUACAGGCGGUUAGACAUCCAGAGUUUUAGAAGACUUCGGCCUCAACAAGAAUGAAGUUUUGUCUGCACAGAAAUGUGUUUUUUUUUGCAUCAUCCUCAGACAAAAAGAAGAAAGACAAUAUUUAUCAUAUAUUAUUAGAUAUGUGUAGCUUUAAAGUGAAAUUCUGUUUAAAUUAAUUGUUUCUGCACCAUCAUUUUCUGCAGAUGUGUAGACUUUAUUCACUUAUUCACUUUAUUUUGGACUUGGGAUAUUGGGCUGUACAGCGAUGAUUCACAGCUGUUAUUAAUGUUUGUUCAGGCAAUUAAAACUAAUUGGUUGAGGUUCGGGUUAAAAGAAAACAGCAGUGUGAAUAUCACACUCUUUGUCUUCCCUGGCCUCUGUUUAAUUGUUCAAAAGGACAUGCAGAUAAACCCUGAAACUCUUGAUUUUCACUACCAAACCCGCCACCUUCAUCAUCACUGAAUUACAAUAUUAGUUUUCAUUAACUGCCGAACAAUAUCCCAGAUGAUCCACAACAUCAGACCCUCUCAGUUCCAAAGAGAACACAGUGUUUUAUUUAUUUAUUCAGGGAAGUUUCCAGCAGUGAAGACUGAAAACCAGGUUGAUAUGUGGAAGGGCACCAUUUAAUGGACUCAUUGUUUAUCUGUUAAAUGCAGGAAGCUGUAAAUGCUGUAUAACUUGUGUCUAAACUGCAGGUGUGUGAUGGCGAGUACUUCAGGUAUAAAUGAAGAGCGAGUGAAGAAUAGGAGUGCUGGCUUGAUGUUUUGUAGAAAGAUUUCCUGCAAUGGCUGGAUUCUUUUUAUUCGUCUUUUCACUCCUCGAAGACAAAACAUGAGAAUUUUAAGGACAACAAGUUAGCUACAAUUAGCUUCUGUUGUGUAAAUGCUACUGUAACAAUGCCACGGGGCGUGCAACAUUUAUUGCAGCAUGAAACACAAUGUUUGGUGAAAUAACAAAAACAUAUGCAGAAAAUGUCUUGUUAGAAUACAGCACAACAAACUGUGACUUUUCUCAAAGUACAGUAUAUAUAUAUUUAUAUUUAUUGGAAGUAUGUUUUUGUCAGUGUUCCCCCUAAACGCUGCUGUUGACUUGCUAGCCUGCUGUUAAAUUUUCAUUUUGACCUGUCACAAGAUUUAAAAUCAGCACUCCUAUUCUGCAGGCUUCAUACAUGUGAGCGUGAAUAGUAACACAAACUAUAUUUACUGCACAGACUGAUGUAUUCUAUGCAUGUUGAGUUGUUGUAUAAAAUCUAUAAUAUCUAUUCUAUAUUUUUUGAAAUAGUAAAUGUGUAAUGUUCUUAUUAGUAUUUCCCAGGAUUUCUAUUCGUAUAUUUACACGUCUGCAUGCUCAGUUUGAGAUCCCAGGUUGCAUUGCGGGUGUGAAACAAUCGGAUUGUGCUGCAGAUGUGACAAAGUUGUGAUACUCCCAAGAUAAAGUGCCUGUAAAGUUUUGAGAUGAAACAUAUCCACCACGAUAACGAGAUGAUCCCAGUUUGCAUGAAGCCUUCUUGUUGUUCCCUGUGAAUGCUGCUGUAGAACUGCAUGCAUGGAAGGUGACUGCAGGGCCUGAUGUCAAGACCUGGACCAGGACUGAGGUCUGAGUCAGACUGGAGUCAGUGACGUGCACAACAGGCAGGAAGUCCAACCAAAGUCAAAAACAAACAACAAAGCCAACUGAAACGCUAAACAUAGCAAAGAAAACACAUCUGAAUACACAGAUGUAUAUUUUGAUGGAAUCAUUUGUUAUUUGAUGGCACACAUAUCUAAUAUGAGGGGAAAACAUUAUAAUAACUUGACCCCCGGAUCGCUAGCUUAGCUUAGCUUAGCUUAGCAUACAGACUGGAAGCUAAUAUUUAAACCUACCUCCACCUAAAGUUCACAGUUGUAUCUGGUUUGUUUAAUAAACAUUUGCCAAACGUAACUCCUCGUAAAAAGCACAAACUGUCAUCUUUCAACUCUUUCUGCUAAAAAUGGCGUUCCCAUACAACUAAACUGCAUUCUCAAUCAUGUUUCUCCUCGCUUACCGUCGCCAUUUUAAACAUGUGGUUAACUUUGUGAAUCAAAAUAAAAAGGCAACAAAACACAUUUAGUAAAAGAUCAGAUAUUAAUGUUUUCAGGAACCUGUAACUUUGAAAUAGAAAACACAGCUGACUCUGCAGAGACUGAAGUCCUGGUUUGGUCUGGUGGGGGCCGUGCAUGCUGAGCCCCCGCGGCACACAGAAAGCACUUUUUGUACAAAGUUUUGUCGUUGCCAAUAAAACCCAGAAGAUCCCUGCU